UGCAGGGUUGGUAGCGCAGCUGUCCCGACCAAGAUGUGGCGACGCUGGGAAGUGGAAUAUGACGAGAAAAGGGAACUGCGGGACCUCAAUUCCCGGCUACGGGUGUUUGUGUCCCGCGUGCGGGAGUUGGAGGAGGAGAACCGCUUUCUGGCACGGGAGCUGGCGGAGCUGCGGGAGCAGGAGCUGAUCGGGCUGCGGGUGCCCGAACAGGAGCUGGCCUGGCUGCGGAUGCAGCUGGAGGAGCUGAGUCGGGCGAAGCUGGAAGCGGAAAUGGAGCGGGACGGGCUGCGGCGUGAGCUGGAGCAGUUGCAGCUGCUGGGCUCCGAGGUGCUGGCGAUGCGACGCCGGCUGGAGCCAGAGCUGGCCGGGCAGCGGCAGCUGUUGAAGCGGCUGAGGGUCGAGUGCGUCGACCUGGAGGAGUUGCUACUGCAGCUGCAGGCCGAGCACGGGCACUUGGCGGAGCGGCAGAGGCGGGAGGCUGUGGAGAUACGGGAGCUGCGGAUGGACUUGGCCGCUUUGCCACCGCCUUUGGCCGGGCUGAGCCUGGAGGAGCUGGAGGAGACCUACGAGGUGCUGCUCAGCCAGAGCUGCCGGGAGACUUUCCUGCGCUACCAGGAGCAGUUGCAAGUGCUGCAGGAGCAGGAGGCGCAGCGAAGCCAGGAGAACCUGGAGCUCCUGCGGGAGGAGAGCCGACAGUGCCGCCAGCACCUGGAGGACCUCCACCGCCAGGGCCAGGAGCUGUGCGAGCUCCGGGAGCGGCUGGAGCAGGAGCUACUCGCCAUGCAGGACCGCCACGGUGCCGAGGUGGAGGAGUACCAGAGGAUAAUUGAUGCCUUAGAAGAAGAAAAGCAGUUCCUGACCAUGUCAAUCACAGAUUACCUGAAAGAUUAUCAAGAACUACUGCAGGUGAAAGCAGGCCUCAUUCUUGAAAUUGAAACGUACAGAGCUUUGUUAGAAGGGGAGAGCAACCAGUGGGUUAUUACAUGGAGAGAUCAGUAUGAAGGGAAAUUGCCUCAAGAUAUUAUAAACGCUUCAUAUAAUUACACUGAUAUUUACUCUACUUAUCAAGAAAGAAAUAGAAGUAAAGCUUCACCAGGUAUCAGGAUCACUGAAACAAGACAUAGGAUGCCAGUGACAAACACUAGCAGUUCUGCACGUUAUUCAGUUCAAUCAACACAGGCUGGAUACCAGACAACAGCUAGUGGAAGAGCUCCUGGAAGAGAUGUACUUGGUUCAGGAUAUCGUCCUUCAACGACUGUUACAAAGGAUGAAAGGAUUUUAACAGACCACAAAGAAUUCAGAACAUUUAGUCCAGCCUCCAGUAGCUGGAAAAGCACUGAAAUGGAGCAGAAGACAAUUCCAGAAAGAAAGAGAACAGAAAUCACAACUUCAUCCACAGUAUCAUUUUCAAAAGACUCUGCUGGAAGAUUAGACAAGGGCCACAAGCCUGACGCGAAGCCAGGGAUUUCUGAAAGUACAACAACAAAACCAAACUUGACUAGAUUUCCAGUUUAUGAGCUGAAUACCAAUUUUAAACCGACUGAGUAUGAAGAAACCGUAACUGAAACAUGGACCACAGUAAGAGAAAAAAAAGGAGGCAGCAAACCAUCUGAAGAGAAAACAUCUCUGCUGAAAGAUCAGCUAGAGAAGAAAACAAGAGAGGAGAAAAAGAAAACAGAUGAGAAAUCUUUGAUAGAAGAAAGAAAUUCUAGUUUUGGAAGGAAAACUGAGCAGAAAAGGUAUAUCCGUGAGGAAAUCAUUAAACAGAAGUCAACAGAGAGUGAUAUUUCUAAUGCAAAAACUUUGAAAAGCAAAUCAACCAAAAAAGAUAAAAAUGUGACCUUGGACUCAAGAAGCGAAGGUGGCAUUGAGAUACCCAUCAGUCCUGAAAAGCCUGCUCCCCACCAAGAAUCUCAGAGUAAUAAAGAAAUGAGGUUACAAGGUGUUAAAUCUUCCACGGGAAGAGAAACAGAUGAGCACAAAACUAAGCCUGCUGAAAUUCCAAAAGUGAGUACUUCAGAAGCAGAAUCCAGUCUGAAAGAUGAAGACCAAAUUAAUGACAGCAGUCAUAAAAUGGGAACUCAGUCAACUGAAAACAUAGCAGAGAAUAUUGUUGCUGACAUUCUUAAAAGUUUCAUGCAGUCUUCUAGUUCACAAAUCUCAAUGGACACAAAAGUGACCUAUUUUAAUAAGAAAGAACAACCAGAGGAUGGGAAAAUGAAGACUGAGAUCACAGUGCAAUCUCAAGUUCAGGAAAAUAUAGAUAUUUCUGAUGAAGGUGAUGUAGGAGGUCUAUCAAACCGGGAUGUUAGAAAGGUGAUUCGAGAGGGUGUUGCGGGAACUCCUUCCAAAGAGGAGAUAGAAGAUAUAGUACAUCAUGGCCUGAAAGAAAAUGAGUGUGGAAAGAACGUGUCUGUUAAUGUUGAGAUUGUAGAGGAGCUACUAGAUGAUGCCACCGAUGAAAGGACUGAAUUUUCAACACCUUUUGAAGUAGAAGAAGUGGAAGAUACAUACCCUGAGAGAGAAAGGCAUUAUGGUGAUGAGGAGGAAGUAACAUUUACAUAUGAAGAUGUUAAAAAGAAGAAACAAUGCCAUGAGAGUUUCACUCAUGUGGAAGAAUUAACUGAGGAAGAUGACUCACCUAUUGAACAAAAGUAUUUUGUAUCAGUUCCCGAUGAUCAUCCUAUUACUAAUGAAAAAGAUGAUGACUCAGUGUAUGGACAAAUUCAUAUAGAAGAAGAGUCAACUAUUAAAUAUUCUUGGCAAGAUGAAUUUUUGCAAGGUACACAAAGUAAGAGAGAUGAAGGUAUAAGCUCUCCAGAAGAAACAUACCAAGUAGUAGGGGAGGAAGCAAGUGCCCAUAUUUUAAAAGAACAUCCUGAAGGUGAAUCAUCCCAUGUUGAAUCUGUUGUUAUUGAAAAAGAAAUUAAAAUUCCUCAUGAAUUUCAGACUUCAAUAAAAGGGCUUUUAUCAAAGGAAACGAAGGACCCUAAGCAUCAGUUAAAGGAAGCUUUGGAGAAGCUGGAGGGCAGUCUCCCAGAAAGUGUGAAAGAAGAGUUGUCUGCAUUAACAAAACAAAAUCAGGCUGACUCUAGCAGCUUAGAAUUUGAUAUAAAAAAAGUUGAUCAAAAAGAUGAGGGUGGCGUGGUGACAAUUGUUGCUGAAGUCAAUCUGUCACAGACCCUUAAUACCGAUGAACUCGAUGUAGCUCAGCUUGAUGAAAUGAUUGCAGGUGAGAAGGAGAAGGCAAUGCUGCACUCGAUGACAAAAGAGAGCUUGGAGAGUGUUGUGGAUGGUAGAAGUGACAUCCAUGUUUCUUCUCACAGUGAUAAAUUCACUCCUUUGGCUGACCAAGAAAUCUAUAACUCGUCUACAGUGAGGAGGAGUGAUGGUGCAGGGUAUCAUGCCACUGAAAAAAUCAUUUAUGAUGGUUCUGUUUUGGAAACUGCAGAUUUUGGUGAAGCCUCUCACUCAGCACAAUCAGCUGAUGAGCCCACAUCUGUAAGGCGUAUUGAGGUUGGUCCAGUAGAAGUUCGGAGAUCUGAGCAGAUAAUGUAUGAAGGGCCUGGUUCUGAAACUCUGGAGCUCAGUGCUGCAGAAGAUUUUGUUCAGACAGAAGGAUCGUCAGAAUUUAGCCGAUCUGUGAGGCAUUAUAAACUGGGUCCUAACAAAAUCCAAACCACAGAAGAAGUAAUUUUUACAGGCCCUAUUACUACCACUGCAGAAGAGAUUGAUUCUGGAAAUCUUUCCCAGAAGUUUUCAACAGACUUCAACAGGUCCACAAGACAUGUCACAGUAGGAUCAAGGCAAAUAACUGAAGAAAUUUCUUUUGAAGGGCCUGUUUCAGGCUCUGUUGAACUCAAUAGCUCAGGUAACCUUUCUCAGGCAGAAGAGUCUGUGGAUGUCAGCAGAUCAAUGAGGCACUUCAGAUUAAGUCCAAAAGAGAUUCGUACUGAGCAAGUUAUCUUUCAAGGACCAAUUUCUGGCAAAGUAGAAGUCAGUGACACUAGAGACUUCUCACAGACAGAAAGUUCAAUCAGCCACAUUCAGCUGAGUCCCCAAGCGUUUAUGACAGCUGAAAAAAUCAUCUACCAGGGGCCCAUCUCUGAACACACAGAUCUUUCACAAACAGAAGAGUCAUCUGAGAGCAGUAAGUCUGUAAAGCAUAUUAAAGUAGGAUCCAAGGAAGGAUCUUUUACUUUUCAAAUGGAUGCGUCCAAAACGUGUGGAAUAUCCACAGUAGAAGGUGAAGAGCAAGCAACAAUGCUUGCAACCCAAAAGCAAGACCCUUCUGUUGGUCAGCCACAGAUUGUAGUUGAAGGCAACCAGAUUGUAGAAAAUGAAAAUAGAAGUGGUGGCUAUGUUCUCUCCAGUUUUUCUCAAGGCCACAGUGAAAAUGUCGUGGAAAAGUCAUAUUUUGAUCAAACUGUGCAGAUGCAAAGAAUGGUAGACCAAAGGUCAGUAAUUUCUGAUGAAAAGAAAGUUGCUCUUCUCUAUCUGGACCACGAGGAGGAAGAUGAUGAUGAUAAUGGACAGUGGUUCUGAAAGGACUCUUUAAUGAAGUCUACUUAGUAAUUUAUGCAUAUUUUUGAUUAUCCUUUUUCUAAAAAAGGAAAAGAAAGGAUGAGGAAGCACUCAAACUAUUGAGAUUAAUGAUAGUAGACUGAGAAGUAUUGAAUCUGAGCUCUACCUAUUCAGCACACUUUACUUUAUUGGAAAUUUUAUUUUGGGGAGAAAUCAUACUAUUGGUGUGUUUCCCUCAGAGACUUGUGUCCAGUAAUUUCAGGUUUUUCCACCUGUAGAGAUGGAAAUUUGCUACUGGGUAAUUCAGAGGAUUGUAUUUUUUGUUUGUUCUAUAGCAGGUCUGUUAAUAAGUAUGUACCUGAAUAAGACUUUUCAGUUUUAUUAUUUUAAAUACUGUAUUGUACUUGGUUACUAAAAUAUCCAAUUGUGUUUAAAUCUCAAGCUACUAACCCACAAUAUAACAGGCUCUAAGACUAAUGAGAGUGGUAGGUAGCUGAUUUUCAGUUCCAGUUCUGUGUUCUUAUAUGCAAUACCUAAUUAAAACAUUUUGAGAGAGAGUUAUUACAGCUAUGACAAAUAAAUACAACUCUGUAGGAUCAAGCUAAGCCUAGCAAAAUUGACAAAAAUAUUUGUAUAGCUAGAAUGCAGUGGGGAAAAAAGAAAGUAACUGCAGCAAGGAUUUUUCACAGUAUUCUUAAUAAGUAAUAGUGAUUUUUAUGGUUAGACAGUAGCCCAUUUACCAUCUUUUAAAAGAAAACAAAUUUAAAGAGGUUGGAUAGUAUUUCUGCUGAAGCAAGGAGAACUCUUGACAGCCUCAUUGGCUAUGUACAUUAGUAACAUCAACCUCUUUUGGAGUAUAUGGGUUACCUUGAUGCUAGGUAUUGCUAAAGGUAAAUGUGAAGUGUCAAGCAUUACUACAUAAUGCCUAAUUUUGUAACAGAGGGAAAUUAGCUUGUAUGGUUUCUGUCCUGAAGAAAACCUGUACAAAUGGCAUUGAUGACACUUCUCAUCAUCGUGUGUCAAGUAAUUUCCAGAUAAUCCUUUGUUUACAAAUGUGAAGAUGCCCUUUUCCAUUAGCAGUCUUGCAAAUUCAACCUCAGAUUUUUUCUGUUUUUUCCUUUUUGUGUUUAGUGUUUUUUCUUUUUCUUUUUUUUUUUUCCCCUAGUUGUAACAUUUAGCUGAGGCAAAAGUUAGUUUCUACUUAAAAAAUUUGAGAAUAAGCCAAUUUCAUUUGGAUUGCACAUAGGUUAAAUGAAGGACAUACUUUAACUUUACAAUGAUAUUUGAGUGACUUCAAAGGCAGGUCAGAAGCCAGCCCCACUAGUUGCACUAAACUGUGCAGUGCUAGCAGAAGCAGAAAUAGCAGCCAAAGUAUUUCUGUUACUGCGGUAAGAAGAUGCCAUAUUGGACACACAUGAGAAAUGAGAUACACAGAUUAGAAGCUGCUGUUUUUCCAUGCACACACACACGCAUUCACUCUCACACCUUCUCUGCAGAGUAAAGCACACCUGUGUCCCAAUGACUGUUGUGCCAGGCUGGUGGUUGCUGACUCAGAACUUUUUUCCUGUGGUUAUAUAAGCCUCGUUUUGUGUAUGCUAAGCCAUUCUAGAAUCCCGUUAAACUAUCUUGGCUGAUAGUCACUUGGCAUGGCUUGUCACUUUUCAGAUUCCUUAAUAUUAACAGAAGCUAGAUUUUUCAAAACUGACUGCUGCUUUAUGAUAUGAAUGUAACCACAAAGCCAAAGAGGAGCUCCAUGCUGACUGAUGUAUCCUGCUGUUUCAGACAGGAGACAGAGUAAUGGUUGUGUGCCUUAGUAACUAAGUUUGAAACUGUACAAAGCUCUUAAUGUACCAGAGAUUAACUCAUGAGUUUUGUCUGCACUACAAAUUUUUCUGUACACUUUUCUCAUCUUGCAAAAGUGUGAGCACCAGCGUACCUGGGAUUCGUUAUUUUUUGACCGUGUACUUUUUGACCAUGUAUUUUUUGACCAUAAUUUGUUGCAAUUGGAAGUGUAACCAACAGCUGGAAAACGAAUAGGAAACUGAGUUAUGUGGAAGCACUAAAGGCAUGCAUGCUAAGCUUUUUUUAUACUGUUCACUGUGCAAUGAAUACUUGUUUUCAAAAUCAUUCAUAUGUGCUAAGAAAAGAUCUUGUGCUUCCAUUUAUAAAGAGCAUGGUAUUAGUUGUAAUAUUUUUAUACUUUUGUUUCUUUAGCUGACCUUAUGAUUUUGAAGAUGAUGAUACCUCUGUGUUUAUUUAAUUAACUGUGUAUAAGUCGGAAUUUUCCAGCUAGGUGCCUAACUACCGGCAAUCAGAUUAUGAACCUCAAGUAUUAAAUAACUGCAUAAAGGAAGAAAUGAAGUCUCUAAUAAGCAGCAGCGUUAAAAAAUAAUCAAUGUAAGGUCUCUCAGGUAGGAAUUAAACAUUCUCUGUAAAGCAUUUAGAAGAAUUUCUACAGAAAAUUUAUUUUGUAACCCACAAAAAGCUAUUUACAAGGCUUAGCCUAUUUAUUGAUACAGAUUGACAGAUUGCGUCGGGUUGGAAGGGACUCUCAAUGGUCAUCUUCUCCAACCCCAGUUCCUUGUGGAAUCUGACAAAAGUUCUUCUCAGGAACAACUAUACCAAUAUUAUUAUAUUUAUCUUCACCUGCUCAGUGAAUUAUGUCAGAUGAAGGAAUAAACCAGUAAGGAGCAAGUGAAUCAUAAAAUGUAGAUGGCCUUAGUGUUAAAUGAGGAAAAAAGAAUAAAACCAGUAUUGUCUCUACUGAGGCAGCAACAGCUCUUUAAAAUUUUCUUUAUAGGUCACUGUCAAGUAUAGUAGGUUAUAUCAAGAUAUAUUUCUGUUUUGAUUGCCUGGAGGGAAAAAUUUGUCCUGUGUAGUUCUAGUUAAGAUCAGGAUUUUUAUCAACUGUUGGAAAGUUAGCUUAUUGCAGGGAACUGGAAAUAUGCCUUAGCGUAACAUUUAAAGACAUGCACAGUUCCUUUGCACGAGUACUUUCAGGCUGUGAAAACAAAGCUAUCUUAUGUGAAAAGGGGUAAAGUUUUAAAAAAAUCUUGGUGUAAGCAGCUCAUUUUCCAUUUAGUUCUCAUUAACCAGGGACAUUUUGACAUGGUGUUAUGCAACAGGUAUCAUGACCUUCAGGCAACAAAAUGCAGUUAGGACAACAUUUGUGUCCUGCUGGCCUAAUAGUUGCAUUUGCAGAGUCAGGGCCACAGGUAAGUGUAAGAGCAAAUAUAAUCUAAUCCUUGUUGUGCUUACCCUGUACGAUCACUUUCUGCGUAAGUAUUACAACCUGUGGCUUAAAGGAUUGGUGGUAUGACCUCAGUCAGCAUGUACUUCUGAAGCUUACUCAUUUAAGUUGUGCUUUUCAUUAAAUACAAACAAGAAUUUUACUGCUGAGUUUGGAUUAAAUAAAGUGCUUUCAAAAUAUAAUUAGUAAUUGUGGGUCGGGGAGGGGGAGAGGUUAAAAACAAUGUAUUUAUAUGAUGAUAGAGAUCAGAUGUGGGGCACUGUUUUACGAAUGUGUAAACCACUGGUCUAGAAAGCAAAUAUAGCAUAGAAUAUAAAGAAGGAUGUGUGAGAGACCUGGGACUCUGUACUGACUGAUGUUUGUGAAUAGCAGGUGUUGAAAAAGAGGGUAAGAAUGUUGAACCUGGGUUUGUUGAUGUCAGUUGUAUGAACCUUUGCAGGCAGCUUGUAUUUUGGUCGUUUGCAACGAAACUGCAUUUUUAUGGUGGUAUAAGCUUUGUGAUUUUACACUUUUUCACUCUUGAGUAUUAAACAAUCAAAAUCAAUGCAGACGUUUCUCUUUCUUCCUGUCUGAUGGUUUUAAUGCUGCAUUAUCA